GCGCUCCCCGAAGCGGCGGUGCCUCCGCUCCUGCGCUCACUCCGCGCUGCCGCAGCCCCCAGCGCCCGCGGCUCCCUCGCCGCGCAGGCUGCUCGGGCACUUUAGAGCGAGCGAGAGGCUGAGCCGGCAGCAUCCCGGGCAUUUCCAGCAAGCGCCCGCCAGCAGCCCGACACCGACUGAGAUUUAGACGUCUUCGGAGUGGGGAGGAAGAUCCUCAUCUUCCGUAGCCUCCUCAAUGAGUGCCAAGCUCUCCAAAGAGUUGAGGCUGUCGCUGCCGCCUUGUCUUCUGAACAGGACAUCUGCCACCUUAAAUACCAGCAGCACCUGCAUCACGCAAGUGGGUCAACUCUUUCAGUCCUUCUCAUCCACCGUGGUUUUAAUUGUCCUGGUCACCCUCAUCUUCUGCCUGAUCCUCCUCUCUCUCACCACCUUCCACAUCCACAAGAGGAAGAUGAAGAAGCGGAAAAUGCAAAAGGCUCAGGAGGAGUAUGAACGGGACCACUGUGCCCGCAGCAGCAGUAGCAGCAGCCAGCACCCUGGGACAGUGGUGCAGGGAGAGGCACCCCAAGGAAGAGACAGCCGACUGGGAAGACCCCCCCAGGACUCGGAGAUCCAGCGCUCUUCUCCCUCGGCAGCCCCCAGCUCUCAGCAAGCACAGGCUUGUUUGGACACAGCUGGCGUGGGGCUCCUGCAGACGGUGAUUUUGUCAUGAUGGUUUGGGGGAGACCUCGCGAACCUCUGAUUAAUGUUUGUAAAUAUCUGAGUGAUUACUCUAGUCCCUGAAGAAGAAGAAAACAUUGCUAAUUCAGAUGAAUGAACAAGCCCAUGAUCCAAGCGCAUGACAGAUCACGUUGCGUUUCUCAUUGACUGUGUGAGGAAAGGAUGCAUCUUUUUACUGGAGAAGGAGCCGCACACAGCUACUCAAUAUCAAGUCAUCCACCUGCACGAGAGGGUCAGGGGUAGGGGGUCCCUUUUCUCUGGACAUUAUUACCCCAAGUACAGGGAUAAUUGGGUUUCCCACUGCGCUUGGGAUUCCCACUGUGCCCUGUGUCAUUGUUACAUGGUGUGGGUUGGGGUGUGGGGGUAGAGGCAGGUCUGGUGGGUGCCUUUGGGACCCUUCUGUCAGAGCAGACUGAUGGUACACUGUGGUCUCUCCUUUUGUGCUGGGAUCUAUGCCCCUGUCCCACCCCUCUCACUCCUUUCCAGAACUGGAUAUUGCUUGAUAUAGAAAUGGCCCCCCCUAGUUGGGCUUAACUGCAAGCACCCUCCGACCCCACGGCCCUGUGCCCCCAGCUGCAGCACUGAGUGACCCACUCACAAUCUGGAGGAUGGAGUCAGAUGUCUCCAUAGAGUGGUGCCUGAGCUUUCCACUCCCAUCAGCUCCCUUCAUCUUGAAAAGCAUCCCCUUCCCCAUGCCAUGACCCGUGAAACCCAAACCCUGUACUGUUCUGUGUGGGAGGGAGGGGUAAGGUGCAGUAACUUGCCUGUGCCCUCCCCAGGGGAGGUUGUCUUUGUACCUGCUGUUGGUCCUGAAACAAUCCAGUUCUGCACCAGGCACCCUGCACUGAAUGCCUGCGUUUACAGCUUUGUCUCCCAGCAAGGAAUCCUGCAGCAGUACAGAUCUUGCUUCUAGUUUUUUAGGCUGAUGUGUAUUUUCAACCCUCCUAAUCUUGUAGACAAUUAGCGACAGACAACACUUAAUUUUAUCCUAUGUCCUCUGUUGGGAAACAAAUAAUGCAGUUGAAAACAUCCACUCCCAGACUCUGGCAGAUAUUUAUUUUUGAAGUGACUGCUGUGAAGUGGUGUAGUUUAUCCCUAGCAAUCAUAGAGAGUUUUGUUGUCUCUGGCUGGCGGGUGUGAGUGGCUGCUGGUGCUGUGUGUGUUGGAGGAUGCAGUGUGGUUUACAGAAAAUGCAUCUUUGCUUAGUGAUCAAAUCAAUGACCAUUACUUGGAGGUGCCUUAACAGCAUGCCAGAUCCAAACUUUGUAACAUAUAGUGUGAUAUGGUAGCAGAGGCAGCCCUCUACUGUGCAUACUAACAUCCAAAAAUUGCAGUAGAGAAAAAGUGAUCCCGAGGGAUUUAUUCUUUUCUUUCUUUCUGUUCCAUCAUUUAAAGUGAUUUGAGGAUAUAGUAAUAGCCCACAGUUUUUAAUAUUCUGUAUUCUUUGUAUUUCUCCUCUGACAUGCUCUGUCUGCCAGGGUGUCUGACUGAAAAAAUCCCAGACACGUAGACCAGGAGGUCUGGAGCUGUAAUCUGUGGGUGAAUGUCCUUAACCAGUUUAAAACUGGGAAAGAGAAUGGCAAAAGUCCUCCAUACUCCUAUAAUACCCCCAAAAUGCAGAGAUUUCACGGCAGUAUUUCUGUCACCCAGUUUUCUUGCUUCCUGAUUUUUCCUGGUGUGAUGGGAAAUUGCUGUUAAGUUUGGAUCCGUGCCUCCAUCGCUGUAGGGAAGAGCUGUACCAGGGAGCCCAAGGAGCCGCUCUGCCUGCUGAGGUUGGUGUGGAGAGCUGCCGUGUGUGCCGCUGAGCGAGGGGUGUUUACGGCUGGCUCUUGCUGAUAAUGGCUACUUCGUUGUUGCUGGGCAAGGAAAUUGGCUUUGUUUUGUUUCCCCCUGAUAAAGGAUGCAUGAACUUUUGUGUUUAACCUCCUUAUGCAACUGCGGCACAGUAUUGCACCACAGGGAAUAGAUUUAGGACAAUGAGGAGUGUUCAGUGAGCUCUAAUGGAGCUUCCUGGCCGUUGAUCUCCACUAAACAUAGAGGUAUUACUUUCCCCUUUAUUUUGUGCCUUUAAACCACCCCCCGCCCCAUCCCAAACCAACAGUGUAUAAUUUCGAGUUUUAUAAAAGCAAUAAGAUGUUCCAAGUCACUCCAGUGCGUUUCUGGUUGAUGGUUCCACUUCUUUAGUGUCUGAAGUCAGAUACUCUUCCUUCUGCCUUAUGCACUCAAGGCAUGCAAUAAUUCCCCAGAAGUGUACUGCUUGUCACAUCUCAUUGCAGUUAUAAAAUUGCCCUAUUUUUGAAGAAAAAAAGAAGGAUGGAGAGAUAGAUAUAUAUAUCUUUAUAUAUAUAUUAUGGAUAUACAGGUAUAUGUAUUAUUUAUAUAAUCUCAUGCCACUGAAAGUAGUUGCGAAAGUGUGACUAGAGUUAAAAUAUUAUCAUGUAAAACUCUAUCCUUUGUUAAUUAGCUUUGAUUUAAUAUUUUAAUAUCUCUGUAUUUAUGUAAAUCUGUGUAAAUUAUAUGGUCUAUUAGUAAAAUUUCAUACUGACUUUAA